UUGGCUAACUCAAGUAUCUAUUUCUUGAUGGUAGAUGCUGAAAUGGGACAAGUUCCAAGUCUCCAAUGCGGCUGGAGAAAUAGCUUUGCUUUGUGGAUUGAUCAUGUGGAUUACUAGCCUAAGGCGAAUCAGGAGAAAGAUUUUCGAGCUUUUCUUCUACAGCCACCAUCUCUACAUUCUCUUUGUUAUCUUCUAUGUAGUUCAUGUUGGCUUUAAUGACGCUUACGUUCUCCUUCCUGGUUUCUACCUCUUCCUAAUCGAUCGAUAUUUGAGAUUAUUACAGUCCCAGCAGAAAGUUCGUAUGGUGUCUGCACGCAUUUUACCAUGUGCAGCUAUAGAGCUAAAUUUUUCCAAGAGUCCAUGGUUGAGCUAUGCACCAAGAAGCAUUGCCUUCGUAAAUGUGCCUAGUAUCUCAAAGUUGCAAUGGCAUCCCUUUACAAUAACAUCCAACACCAACCUGGAUCCAGAAAACCUGAGCAUUGUCAUCAAAUGCGAGGGAAACUGGUCUCGUAAGCUGUAUCAAUUGAUGUCAUCCCCGUCAGCACCGGAUCGCCAUGAGGUCUCUGUUGAAGGACCUUACAGUCAUUCAUCGACCAGUUUUUUGAGGCACAACAUGCUAGUGAUGGUCAGUGGAGGAAGUGGCAUAACCCCGUUCAUCUCCAUUAUCCGCGAAAUUCUAUUUCUGGCCAAUAAAACCACCCAUAUGACCCCUAAGAUACUUCUUAUAUGCACUUUCAAAAAGUCUAUAGAUCUCACUAUGCUAGACCUUCUGCUCCCAGUUUCGGGCACCACAUUAGACAUUUCUCAUGUAAAGUUAGAAAUUGAAGCUUAUAUAACCAGAGAGAAAGAGCUCAAAACAGAGAACCACAAGCUUAAAAUAAUAUGGUUUAAACCUGAUAAAUCAGAUGUACCCAUGUCAGCAGUUCUCGGUCCAAAUAGCUGGCUCUGGCUUGGUGCAGUAAUAUCAGCAUCUUUCAUCAUCUUCCUUCUCCUCAUUGGCAUUCUUACACAAUUCUAUAUAUACCCAAUUGACCAUAAUACUAAUGUGACAUAUCCGACGCCUUCAAAGUCUGCUUUAAAUAUGCUCUUCAUAUGCCUAUCUGUAGUGAUGACCGCCUCUGCAGCAUUUCUUUGGAACAGGAAACAGAGUGCAAAGAAAAUGAAACAAAUUCAGAUUAUGGAUAUUCCAAUACCUGGGACAUACCCAGGCUCGGCAUUCCACGGCGAUGACAGAGAAUUGGAGAGCCUUCCUUACAAAUCUCUUCUGCAAACCACCAGGGUGCACCUUGGUGAACGGCCAAACCUGAGAAAAAUCUUAUCAGAGUGCAAAGAAGAUAGUGUAGGAGUGCUGGUAAGUGGACCUAGAAUGAUGAGGCAAGAAGUGGCAACCAUCUGUUCAUCUGGCUCAGCAGAUCAUUUACAUUUUGAGUCUAAUAGCUUUAGUUGGUGA